AUGUCAAUCAAUAGAUUCUCUAGAGUUGUCCUAUUGGCAGCUCAAACCACCAAAUUCCGUCCUGUUACCCAAAGACCUUCCCUGUUCACUCCAAUCAUUUCAUCUGUCCGUUUGAACUCCUCAUCCUCCUCUUCUAAGGACGGUUCCGAUGCAAAUAAAUCAAAGAACCCUGCUUCUGUUGCGGCUCCUGUUGUGCCUGUGAAGGUUGAUCCAAAAAAAAUGACAAUUUGGGAGAAGGUGAAACAUGAAGCACAUCAUUAUUGGGAAGGUACUAAAUUGUUAGGUCUGGAAAUCAAAAUCUCUACUAGAUUGUUAAUGAAAAUGACUGCUGGUUAUGAGUUGACUAGAAGAGAAUACAGACAAUUACAAAGAACAACUGCUGAUGUGUUGAGAUUAUUCCCAUUUGCUAUGUUUGUCUUGAUUCCAUUUGCUGAAUUGUUAUUGCCGGUUGCAUUGAAGAUUUUCCCAGGUCUAUUGCCUUCAACCUAUGAAUCUCAAGCUGAUAAAAACAAAAAGUUGGCUUCUCUUAGAAACACCAGGUAUAAGGUUGCCCAAGUUUUAACUAACUCAAAGCAAAUGGUUAAACUACCAACCAAUUUAACUGAGGAACAAGUUGCUGAUUUCAAAGAUUUCAUGAAGAAAUUCAAAUCUUCAAGAUCAAAUGAAAUUUCGAGACAACAAUUGCUAAGAGUCGCAAAGAUGUUCAAGGAUGAUUUGAUUUUAGAUAAUUCUCCAAGAGGUACUUUGAUUGCAUUGGCAAAAUACAUCAAUAUCAGACCUUAUGGUACUGAUCAAAUUCUAAGAUAUAGAAUUCGUCAUAAGAUGCUGAAAAUUAAGGAAGAUGAUAGAUUGAUUGAAGAUGAAGGUGUUGAUUCUCUAUCUUUAGCUGAAUUGCAACAAGCUUGUGCUUCUCGUGGUAUUCAUAUGUUCAAUGCAACCCCAGGACAAAUGAAGCAAUAUCUUAAUGAAUGGUUAGACAUGAGAUUACAUGAAAAAAUCCCGUCUACUUUGAUGCUUUUAACUAAUGCCUACAUUUAUGGUGAAGUGGAGAGAUACCCUUCAACUCAUGAAGCUUUAAAGGCCGUCUUGACUACCUUACCAAUCGAAUUCUACCAUGAACAAGAGCUUUUCGUUGAAAAUGAUAAUGCCACAACCGAGCAAAGAUUGAAGGUCUUGAAAGAACAAGAACAUUUAAUCAAGUCUGAAAAUGUUCAAGAAGAAGGCCAUAAGAUUCUUGUUAAAGAUAAGUUGAGUUUAGAUGAUGACUCUAACUCCGGUGACAAGAAUGUUGCAAAGGAAGAAUCUACUGAAAAGAAAUAG